AUGACCCAGCCUCUAAACGUUGCUGUUCGCCGCGAGGACUCGUCUGCAAAGCGCAACCCUUUCGUCGAGCUCCUCGACACAGAAAAGGUCUACGUUGAACAGCUCACUCUCGUUAUCCGGAGAGUAGCCGCAGCUUGGUCGCGACGUAACCUGCCCCCGCCCAAGCUCGAUGCCACCUUUCGCUGCGUCGAGGCCGUGUACCGUGCCAACCGGGCCUUUGGCGUCCGCUUGAAGGAGAUCGGACCCAACCCAUCGGACCCCAAGGCUCUUGGCGAUUUGCUAAUGCGAUGGAUCGAUGAUCUCGAGCCGUCAUACAGCCGCUACGCCACCAUCUUCCUCACCGGGUUUGACAACUAUAGCCCAGUGUCGUCCAAUCCCCUCCUCCCUCCGAUCCUUGACGAGGUUUCGGUGUCGUCCCCACCUACGCCGCCGCUGCAGCGAUGGUCGCUGGAUGCGCUAUUCCUGCUACCUUAUAACCGCCUUCGCUAUUACCGAAAGCUCUACUCGCGGUUGCUGCAAAACACGACCGAAGGGCGCAGCGAUCACCGUCUGUUGGACAGCUGCGUGAAGCGCCUCGAGGCGCUUGUGGACGAGGUGGAGGCGCGUCUGGAGUGCGACGUGUCAGAGGAAGAUGCGCCUUCCUCGGCCGGCGCUGAAGACCAAAGCAGGGAGAACAGCUGGCCCAACGACAAGAAUCCAACGAGCCGGACGAGCUCGGGCGUCGACAGCUCGGUUGAGACGCACUCGGUCCUUUCGUCAUUCAACUCGCGCAUGGACAGCACGCGCAACUCUCAAACGUCAGCAGCCACGAGUAUCACACAUUCGCCCGGGCAGCCGCCAAAAGUCGUUCCGACCGCGCCCGUCCCUCCGAUUUCAGAUCUCGAGCUCCGCAUUGACUGCGAGCGAACUAUUGAUCUCUUCACCAUGCAGCCGAGGAAAUGCAAGUUGCACAUGAACCCGCCUGGUCUUGCCUAUCAGCGCCAGGUCCGCUCCUCACAUGACGUCGUUAUCUACUUCACCCCAUCGUCCACCCGGCAACAGGUUGUGCAUCGCAGAGCGCAUCUCUUCAUCCUCACCGACCUCUUCUUGAUUACCGACCGCAUGGAGGCCAGCGAGAAGGCGGCGAUGGCCCAGCGCGUUGCCGCUCAGCAGCCCGAUCGUCUGGGCGAGGGUUCACCCAUGCCGGAAAUGUGGCUGGCUUACCCGCCCCUUGCCGGCAAGCACCUAUCAAUUGUCGAGGGCGAGCAGAGUAAUGUCGUCGCUGUCACCGUGAUGCGCAAGGAGACUUUUGUUAUUCACGGCGAAUCAGAAAUCGAACGAGACCUCAUUAUGAAGAGUGUCUCCGAGUGCAUCGAGUUUGCAACGUACUCGUCUGCUCAGCGCGUGACGCCGUUGCCUUCGCCAAUGCCGUCCCCCAUUGAUGGUCCUGCGCGCUCCCUCGCUUCAACCGCGAGCUCUGUUCGCUACCCCAGUCCUAUGCCCGGGCAAAUGCCUGAGGUGCCAACGCUCACUGUCCCCAUGAGCAACAUGCAGCUUGAGCCUGGCCAAACUGUACCUGUUCCUCCGAGCAAGCUGCAGCUCGAGCCUGGGCAGACGACCAACUGGAACCAACCUCCUUCGGCGAUGCCGCAGCCGAGGAAUGCAGGUGCGCCUCUUCCUCCGCGCAAGACGAGUCUGCGGCAGGCACCUCCGUCCAACUCUCGCCCAAUGUCUCCAAACGUCGCACCUGGCCCCCCGGGAAUGCCCCUGUCUCCAAUGGUGGGGCAGGGUAUGCCAUCGCCAAUGAUUGGGCAGGGCAUGCCUUCGCCAAUGUCUCCGGUCUCCGAGCCCGUUAUGCACGACCGCUUCGCCCAGCGCAACGUUUCCGGCCGCUCAGUUCACUCCACCACGUCGACGCACUCCGACUUCUCGCAGCAGUCUUCUCCGGCGCGCCUCGGCGUCCACUCCGGGUUCCCGGCGAUGUUGCGGCAGCCGAGUCCUCAGAUGGCCCGGCAAGCCUACGGGCCCGGUCCGAUGCGCAACGAUCUCCCUCCUCUUCCGCAUCAGGGUGCAGGUUUCAACAUGGACAAUGGCUACUUCCCGCCUGAACGCCAGUCGUAUCCUAAUCAGCCCAUGGACAGGCGCCCAAGCCCAGGCAUUCCUCCGCCUCAGCGGGCACGCUCUGCGGAGCCGUUCAGUGAGGUGGACGAUCUCCGACCCCCCGACAUGCCUUCCCUUCGCUUCGGUGCCCUGCGGUCCGAGUCUCCGGCUCCUGGUCUGGGCGCGCGUGACGCCGACUCACCACCUCCUUCGCCAACCCAGGAGGAGGCGCCGAGGAUCCGUGGGCCCACGUCAAUCACAGCGCAGAUGAAGUGCAAGAUCUUCCUGCAGCAGGGUCACGGGCAGUGGAAGUCGCUUGGGCACGGCAAGCUCAAGCUGUAUGUCGAAAAGGAGCGCAAUAUCAAGCAGCUGGUCGUCGACUCGGACAAGUCGUCGACUCUUAUUUCCACCAUUGUUCUCACGGACGGCGUCGAGCGCGUCGGCCGCACCGGUGUCGCCGUUGAGAUCUCGGAUCAGGGACAGCACACUGGCGUCAUCUACAUGAUCCAGCUCCGCAAUGAAUCCUCGGCGCGCGGCUUCCAUGACUCACUGCUCGCCGGCUCUGACCGAGCGAGAGCGUAA